UGUCAACAGUGGGUCUUCACCGGUUCGUGUUGACGGUGUUCGGUGUAACAUCAUGAGCUGUUGCCACUUGUGGCUCUAGUCAUGAUGUAACUCGCUGGUCCAAGUGUUUAAUGUCCUUUGUUUUGUGGUUACGGUGGAUUCAUACGAGUCGCCUAACGAAGAAACCGUCAUCCAUUUCGGCUGUGUUCGUGACUCUUCGGCAGAGGUCGGGCCUCGGUGGGCAGGGCUCGGCCGUGCAAUCGGAUGAUCCCGGGUGGGCGGAGCCAAGUCGGAGGAGACGCUCCGGCGGCUUGACAGCUCCAAGACAACCGGCGUGGAGCUCGCGCGCCGCCACCGUCGACUCUCCAAAGCCAAGCCAAGUGUGACCCCGCUCUCUCCUCUCGUCUGAAGCGCCCCGAACAGGGUCACGGUCCACGAUACUCGUGUGUCAGGUUACUACCAGCAACAUCCCGGAAGCCUUCCAGGACUGCCGCAGGAUGGAGACGCAGAUCCAUGUGCCCGUCGGGUCGCCGCCGAUCCCCAAGAUCCCGGUGUUUGUGGACGAGCGCGACGUGGAGGGAGGCGCCAUGAAGCUGAUGAAGGAGCUGAGACCGGCGUGGGAGCCGAGUCGUGUCCAGGCUAAGUUCUUCACCGACGGCACCACCAACAAGCUGGUGGGCUGCUACCUGGAGGACACUCCGGAGGAUGUGGUUCUGGUCCGAGUCUACGGAAACAAGACGGAGUUGAUCGUUGACCGAGACAAUGAGCUGAAAAGCUUUCAGGUCCUACAUGCCAAUGGCUGCGCUCCCAGAAUCUACUGCACCUUUCUGAACGGCAUCUGCUACGAGUUCAUGCCUGGGGACGCUCUGGGGACUCAAGACGUCAGAGAUCCUUUUGUACUCAGACUGAUAGCCAGGGAAAUGGCUCGCAUCCACGCCAUCCACGCGCACAACGGCUGCAUUCCCAAGCCCCACCUGUGGAUCAAGAUGCAGAAGUAUUUCUCCUUGGUGGCCGACGAGUUCACAGAAGAAGCCUCCAACAUCAGGAUCCAGCAGCGAGUCCCCAGCAAGGCCGUCCUGGAGCAGGAGAUGGCCUGGAUGAAGGAGCACCUCUCCACCCUGGGCUCCCCGGUGGUCCUCUGCCACAAUGACCUGCUCUGCAAGAACAUCAUCCACAACAGCAAAGAGGGUCACGUCCGCUUCAUCGACUACGAAUACUCCAGUUACAACUACCAGGCCUUCGACAUCGGCAACCACUUCAACGAGUUUGCAGGAAUGGCGGAGCUGGACUACGGGCUGUACCCCAGCCGGGAGCUGCAGAUGGAGUGGCUCACCGUGUACCUCAAGGCCUUCAAGCUCUUCACCAAGAACACGGAGGAAGUCAGUGCGCGAGAGCUGGAGACGCUUUACAUCCAGGUCAACAAGUUUGCGCUGGCUUCUCACUUCUUCUGGGGCUUCUGGUCUUUGAUCCAGGCCAAAUACUCCAAGAUCGACUUUGACUUCCUGGGGUACGCGGUCCUGCGCUUCGAGCAGUACUUCAAGACCAAACCCGCCGUGAUGGCGCUGCAGAUCCCUGAGUGAAGGAGGAGCGAGUGGAAGCUCGUGAUUCUCUGCCAGGACUCGAUCAUUCCUCCAAAUGUAGCUAUGUGUCAUGGAUCUUUGCUCUGGGCUUGAAGGCAGAGGCCUCUCUCUCUGUCUCUCUCUCUCCGCGGUCAGUGAGUGAGUGAGCGAAUGAGUGAAUGAGUGAGUGAGUGAGUGAAUGAAUGAAUGAAUGAAUGAGUGAAUGAGUGAGUGAGUGAGUGAAUGAGUGAGCGCAUGUCUGUGGCCCAACACAUGUCAUGCUGCCUCUUCUGGCAGCUGAAGCAUCACAGAGGCUCUGAUUGAUUGAUCUGGUCUGAUCCGGUGGUGAGUGUGGGGGUGGGGGUGCUGCAUGAAUGAUGAGGGCGUGAUGACAUCAUCAUCCAGCUUCUGCGUGCCGUGCUCUUGGAGCCGCUGAUGAUGUCGUCACUCUCCUCUGUUCCCGCGUCGUGUGGGGUCUGAAGCUGCUCCACACGUGAGAAGGUGCGAUGGAAGAUUGUGUUCUAGCAAUCCAGCAUCAGCCGCGUCAGGAGGGACGGGACCGUCCGCGCGCUCAACUGGCCCCGCACCUCCACACUUGACUUUUAUGGUGGCAGCGAUUCACCUCAGUAGGUUCUGCGCAGGGAAAACUUUCCAGUCCUCCUCUGCUCCGCGGGCCACGGCAGCUGGGACCUUCCUCGCCUCUUUUGGUGCUAAACUCAGCGGCGCCGAGGCCGCAGCGUGGACAUAUCUGGAGCGAUGAUCUGCUCUGUGGGGUCAGAGGUGGGUGGGUGGGAGCUCCUGCUUCUGCUGCCUCCAAGUCCACAUCACACCCAGCAGCUGUGGCCUGACUGACACUCACUCCAUGAAUGUGGCUGACACAAGGUUCCCGCUGUGAUCUGGAGCCCUGCGCCCACGAACUGCCGGGACGGUUGGAGGCUCUCCUCCCAGCUGGUCUUCAGCUCCUCUGAGCAGACUGUGAUGUCUAGCUUAUGCAAAAGUCCAUCACGGUUGGUUGGCCUUUCAUUCUUUUAGCUUCUUCAGAGGGCGUCUGCUGCGCCCCCCACAGGUCCCUCCGUUCGCCACAGUCACCUUCAGCCUUACUCCAGUUCGGCUCCCGCCAGUUCUUGCUUUGCGGAUGUGUGUGUCUGUGUGAGAACUCUGUACAAAUAACUUAUUUCCCUCUCUAACCGGUGUGAAGGCUGCAGUGCCGACUGCAGUGGAAGGAGCUUGAACGUGUCCACUGCUUCGUCCCGUCAGGCCCGGGACCAGUGGCCGCAUUUGUUUGUCAAUAAAGUUUCCGUCAACCUCUCGAAGCCACCUCACGUCACUUCCUCUUGGCUCAUUCUGCUGCCGUUUUUUACCAGACUGCCAUCCUGGGAGCGGCUCCUGGGACGACAGGCCUUCUUUGUCGUCCAGUCACUUUGACCUGGAAGCUCAUGAAAUUAACAACCAUUCUGUUCUGAUCACGAUCCUGUUCACUGACAUGUAUUUAAUUUAAUAAAUGUUGGGCACCUCUGUAUCCCUCCAGUGGAGAGACGGGAGCAGCACUCACCAGUGACGGCCACCAGGUGGCGCUGUCUGCUGUGAUAACGUCUGGGCUUGACUCGCUCAAUGAAACCUCACGUCAUUUCUGAACCAAGGGCGCCAUCUAGUGGCCGUUGCGUCCACCCUGCAGUGCUGUUUCAUAAAACCUCACAUCACGAGCCUUUAUUUGGAUGAAACCUGUUUGGCACUAAUAAAGUCCCUGUGAUCGUGACGCUGUUUCUGACAUAUUGCUGGGAACUGCUGUUCUGCUGGACCGUGUUAGAGCCCGUCCUGCGGGAGGUUCUGAGACGCGCUCCAACAAAAAACAAAUCACACAACACUCAUCUUAGCGCAACGUAUGUAUUUCCUUCCAAGAAAAACCCCACAAAACUCUGCAAACAUACAGAACUGUACAUUGUUAAGUUACAGCCGUUUUUAUAAACAAAAUAAAUCUCUUCUAUAUGUACAGUAUCAGCGGGGCAGGAGGAACCAAACAGACCUCUGAGCUGAGAGCCAAGGUCGGAGCUGUGAAAUGUGUGUCCCCAGUCAGCGCUGCAGCGUUUCACCUCCUCUCACUGACACUGUUGCUGCGGGACAUUGAUCAUCCCUUCAUUGUGAGGGUGUUUUUACAAUGUUUCACCUUGUCCUUCUACUUGUAUAUUUCUUUGAAAUAACUUGGUCUUGGCUCCGAGGAAUGCCAUUUUUAUCAGGUCAUUUAUUCAGCAGUUUCAGGAGGAAACUGGAGACUGAAGGGGACCAAACCCGAGCUCCUGACUUAAGCACAUAGGCAUCAAGCAAUUUUGAGUCCCAUUUCUGGGGUUUUAAUGAACCGAAUUGAUGUCGGAGUGAAACACUGUAGCGCCAAGUGUUCUGGAGGCAACAGCCUCCCAUGCAGGACCGACGUGCACCAGCAGAGUCAGUGCUGGCCUCUGACCUCAGUGGACGCGAGGCCGGCGUGUCGACGUCUGUACAUCCGGCUCAGCAGAGUCCGUCAGUCCGUCAGCAGCACCAGCUCCCCCUCGCUCCGCUCCGCCCCGUCGCUCUCCUCGCCCUCGCUGUACGCGCACCCUGCCUGGAGUC